AUGACCCUGCCACCGGGGGGCACGGUGAGCCUCGGGGUAUCUCGAAGGCCACCACCGGACGACGCUAGCGGGGAGCUCUUGUCCAGAUCGAAGCUGGGAGACGGGGAGAAGACUUGGGGGUUCUGCACCUCGGACGGAGGCGCGGCGGGGACGCUCAAGGAGGGCGACGUUAUCGGAAUAGCGUUGGAUUUCACCGACCUGCCCAUGCUCUUCUUCACGCGCGGGGGCGACCCGCUGGGGGAGGGGGACGAGUUGGCCGUGAUGAGAAUUCGGGGCACCGUGUAUCCCGCGUUCGGGGUGGGCGGGGGUGCCGCCCUUAGCGUUGCGUUCGCGGGAGACUCGUUGGCGCACACGCCACCGCGGAAGUGCGAGGCGCUAAUCGUGGGGCAAGACAUGAUGUGA